AUGCAGGUCAUGCCCAUCCCGAGGUGGGUGCGCUCCUUUCCCGUCCCGCACGCCACCUGCCCGCACACCACCUGCCUGCACAGGCCCCUCUGCACCUCCCGCCUGGCGCGCACCCAGUACAACUUGGAAGUGUACGUGCACGGGCGCCGGCUCUAUGGCUUCAUCCGCUUCCUGCUCUACUACACCUGCAGCCUCCUCAUGGCCAGCGGCCGCGCUGGCUGCAGUACCUACCUGGGCGUGCGUCCGCGUCCAGCUCAAGUGCUGCUGCUGGUGCUGCUGCUGCUGCUGCUGGGCUGCAGGCGCGGGGACUUCCGCCUGCUCAACAAGCUGCUGGUCUACGGCAUCCACGUGACCCUGCGCUGGUGCUUCAUGGUCUUUGUGUGCAAGUGA